AUGUCCGCCUCGAAAGUCGCCCUCAAGCGCCUACAAAAGGAAUACAAGGCGCACCAGGCCGAUCCUCCUCCGUUCGUCUGGGCUAAGCCGAAUGAAGCCAACAUCCUUGAGUGGCACUACAUCUUCCGAGGACCGCCCGAUACACCCUUUGCAGGCGGAGAGUAUUGGGGGACGAUUAUCUUUCCGAAGGAAUACCCGUUUGCGCCCCCUGCAUUGCGGAUGAUGACACCCUCAGGCCGGUUCGAGUCGAACAAGUCGAUCUGCACGUCCAUGUCCGAGUACCACCCCGGAUCGUGGAACGUAGCAUGGUCGGUAGACACGAUUCUCGUAGGCUUGCUGAGCUUCAUGCUGAGCGACGAGAUCACAACUGGCGCCGUCAAAUCGACCGACGCCGAACGUCGCGCUCUUGCAACCAAGUCCCACGCAUGGAACAUCACUCAACCCAAAUUCAAGACCAUGUUCCCAGACUAUGCGACAACUGCGAUGAAGGAUCUGCCGAAUAUGAGCGGGGCAGCGCCGAAGCCGGCUGGGUUGCAGGGCGAGGGGAAAGUGCCGGGUAGCUCAUGA